GAGGAUAGGAUCCUUUUGGAUGCAGCUUGCUUUGAGACCCAGGCAGGCCUGGAAAGGGAAACAUUCCUCUUCUCACGUGGACACUGUUUUGUUUCUGUGCUUUGCUUUUCCUCCACUUCUCCAGAAUUAGAAACUGGUGCAUAGUUAGCACCAGAUGAACAAGCUGCAUUGUGAAACAAGUAGGGAAAAAACGAGGGGGGAGAGCAUUUGCCUGUUCAGAUUUACAUACUUCCACAUACAAGCGCUGACACGCUCCUCUCAAUUAUCCCUCAUCUGACACAGCAACCCUGUAUUUAUUAUCCCUGCAUCAAAGCAAGCACUGCAGAGGUAUAAAACCUGCCCUGCAUGAGACCUGCUUGUUUUGGAGGCUGCGACACCUAUAAAGGAUGAAGACUUCUCUUCUUGUCGUGCUUGUCAUAGCCCUGUGCACCGAGAGUGCUUUCUCCUUGACAUGUUUCUCCUGCAAAGAUGCUCCUUCCAACCUGCAUUGUCUCAGUACGACCACAUGCUCUGACCAUGAGAAGUACUGUCUCACAACCUACUCUACCACGGGAAUGGGCAGUGACCGUAACCAGCGUAUCACCAAGAGAUGCUCUGCCUUUUGCCCAACAAUUGACCUGAAUAUCGGCAUAGCUGGCGUUGCUACCAGCUGCUGCGAGACCUCCUUGUGCAACAUCAGUGGUGCCAGCAGUGUGAAAACCAGCUACACCAUGAUAGCACUGGGUGUCUUGGCCAGUCUCGCCUGCAUCCUCCGGAUGGGUUUCUAAAGAGGUUGGAGGGAGAUAAAGAUUGCUUGGCCUUGUGUUGUAAGGGAUCAAGCUCUCAUCUGUACAGUCUGAAUGCUGCCCUGUUUCUCCUACCUGGAAUGUCGCAUCCCAUCAUCAAAUAUGCUCUUUCCAUGCUCUGAUAACAGUGCAUAAGAGCACAGCCCUACCUCAAAAUGGUGUUUGGAAGGGAAAGGCAUGAUGUGGAGCCCUGUGUAUGCAGAAGGGCAUCAUAUAGUCACCAUCUCUCCUACUAUUGGCCUUUAUAACUCCAUGCAUAUUUUCCCCUUCAUUAUAUCGCUGCCAUUCUCUUGUGCCAUUUUUUCCCUUUAUACUAUUUUCUGUAAGAUUUUGCUCCGAGGAAGCCUUUAAUAUUACAGUUGUUAAACAGAAGCUGGGCACAAUAAAGUGUUAUUUUAUUCUA